AUGGAGCAAAAUAUUCAUGUCAUAAAUACAAAGAGCGAGGUACAAUCGCUAGAGAUUAGUACAAAGAGACCCAAAAGAAAAGAUGACCAGGAAGUGAUUCAUGAAGCUACAAGGGUAAAAAAAUUUGCACCAAAUGCAACUGAAAAUGGGGAAAGUACAGAAACAUCAGUUGCCAAAGCACCAAGUCUAGGCAAAGCUUACAUGUCUCCCAUUCCGUUUCCUCAAGGUCUUAAGAAGAAUAAACAAGACACAAAUUAUGAAAAUUUUCUCGAUAUUCUCAAAAAGCUCCAGAUUAAUAUUUUUUUCAUUGAUGCGAUACUACAAAUUCCAAGCUACGUGAAAUUUUUGAAAGAGAUGUUAACAAAGAAAAUAAAACUUUCGGAGUUUGAAAUUGUGGCAUUAACUGAGGAAAGUAGUGCAAGAGUCCUGAGCAAAUUACCUCCUAAAUUGAAGGAUACAGGGAAUAAAGUCAACUCAAAAUCAAUAAUGCUACAACUAGCUGAUAGAACAAUCGCAAGGCCACGUAGCAAAGUUGAGGAUGAAUUUGUAAAAGCAGGAAAUUUCAUAUUUAUUGUGGAUUUCAUUGUAUUGAACAUACUAGAAGAUUGA